AUGUUGCUUAAUCCCUGUUCGCCCCACACACAGUGGUGUGACAAGCUGGAGGCUGGCAAGGCGCAGGGGGAGGGGGAGGGGGGAGGCACGGACUGGGGAAGGCUCGAUUGCAAUCGUGACCUCAGGCUACCAGGUGCCCCUGUUUUGAGACGUCUCAGGCUACCAGGUGCCCCUGUUUUGAGACGUCUCAGGCUACCAGGUGCCCCUGUUUUGUUCCCCUUGUGCAUCCUCGCCUCCUUGUUCCCUCCUUUUUCUUCUCCCUCCCUUCCUUGUGCAUGCCCCUCAGCCUCGGUUCAUGAGUGUGUAGUCUGGGUGCAAGGCGCUGCUGUUCGCAUAAAUGCCCAGCACAAACACCCAUCACUUCCCUCUCUCGCAAUCCUCUUUUCCCUCCCUCUUCCUCCCCUUGCCCCUCUUCUUGUCCCUCCCCUUGUCCUGAACGCUCUCACCUGGCGCUGCUGUUUGGACUCUUGCUGGCUGCAAGGCGCCGCUGUUUGCGAGAAUGCUAAGUGGAAACCCUUAUCGCUCCUCCUCUCUCUCCCAUCGUCUUUCUCCCUCCCCUUGCCCCUACCGUUUGCCCUCCCCUCGCCCCUCCUGUUCGCCCGCCCCUUGACAUCCCUCAGCCUCGGUUGUGAGUGUGGAGUCUGGCCUCGGUUCGUGAGUGUGGAGUCUGGGUGCAAGGCACUGCUGUUCGUGAGGAUUAGAGAGGAUGCCAGGAAGGGGGGGAAGGGAGAGAAGGGAGGAAAGCAGUUGGAGGAGGGAGAGGAGGAGGAGGAGGGUGAGAAGGAGGAGGUGGGGAAGACGGAGGAAGGGGAAAAGGAGGAGGAGAAGGGUGAAGGAGACAAGGAGGGGAAGGAGGGGGAUAAGGCCGGGGAAAAGGAGCAGGAGAAAGAGCAGGAGGAAGAGGUUACAGGAGGAGGAGAGAAGGAACCGGAGAAGGAGGGACAGGGAGGGGAGGGGGAGAAAGGGGAGGCAGGGGGAGAGCAGGGAAGGGUGUCGCCGUGUGAGUUGGCAGAGGCGGUGCUGCGGCAUGCCAAGGCCACCCAGCAGUCAGCCACUCGGUGGGUGUGGGGUAGUGGGUGUGGGGCAGUGGGUGUGGGGCAGUGGGUGUGGGGCAGUGGGUGUGGGGCAGUGGGUGUGGGGCAGUGGGUGUGGGGCAGUGGGUGUGGGGCAGUGGGUGUGGGGCAGUGGGUGUGGGGCAGUGGGUGUGAGGCAGUGGGUGUGGGGCAGUGGGUGUGGGGCAGUGGGUGUGGGGCAGUGGGAGUGAGGCAGUGGGUGUGGGGCAGUGGGUGUGGGGCAGUGGGUGUGGGGCAGUGGGUGUGGGGCAGUGGGUGUGGGGCAGUGGGCGGCAAGGCGACAACAUGA